AGUUUAUAGCUGACUGCGAAACCCCUCUCACAAUACCCCUAAACCUGUCUAUACCUACAGUUAUAAUAAUAAUAUUAAAAAACCAAUUAUCCAAAUUAUUCAUUAGACUACAGUACAAAAUCAACCUCGUGAUACACAAAACUUUUCGGCUAUAAUGUUCCUACAAUUUACCUUAAAUCGCAGUUUGCUAUCGACGAAGUUUUACAAGAGGAUCAACAACAAUCUUUGAAGUUAAAAUAAUUUGUUAAACCAUAAUUUUACUAACUAAAUCAACGGGCACAUUGACUUUUUUCGUUAAACGCUUUUAUAACAUUUAAAUCGGGAGUUAAAGCUAUUGACAAACUGCAUCGGGCAAAACGAAACAUCUAAAGCAGACUCAAUGAUUUAACUUCACACCGUACCGCGAUUAUUUUAAUCAUAGGGCAACAAUCCAUCCAGAUUUUCAUUUGAAUUAGUAGUUUUGCAAUAAACUGGGCAUAUAUAUUACACAACGGGCUAAGUUUUGUGAACGUUAAUACAACAGAAUAUACAGAUACAGUGAACUUUUCGUUGGUUGUUACAUCAUUGACUUUUGGUUCGAUUUCGACAACGUUCAUUUCGCCAAACCGUUCGACUAAUAGAAAAAAAAUCUGUGAUCUAGAUAAAAUUUAAUUUGAUAAAUUUAGGUGUAUCUAAAAAAAUUGAAAUAUUUAUUUACGAAAAAAAAAAGGAAACAAAAGAAGCUAAAUCGUAUUUUUCCAAAAUCUCGACUAGAGUGCCUUAUAACGUCGGCCUUAUCUCAAAAAAAAAUAUUUCCUAUUAGAAAAUUUGUAUAUUAAUAAAAAAUAGAAAAAAAAAACAAAAAAAUAAGAAACUAAAAUAUACAUUGUGGCUUAUAUUUGGUACAAGUACAAAAUUGUUGAAAAUUGAAACGUUUUUAAAUAGAAAAUAGUCCAAAAUUAUCCUAAACGUGACUGUUUAAUAAACCCGCCUUCGACUUAAUACAUUAAUAUAAACAAAUCGCGACCGUAUUUAACUCGACUGUGACUACAUCUACCAGGACAAGGAUCUAUCUACAAUUAUACUAACCUACGAAGGGUCAACCACAGAACAUCUGCUAGUUAAAAAAUCGAAACAAGAGAAUAAGAGAGAGAAAGAAGAUCAGUCAUUUGCUUACAAUUUAACGACAUACACGUAUCUCAGUUAGUAUCGAAUCAAGCAACCGCUGAAAUUUAUGUGCAAUAAUUGCAACAAAAAAAAUUAGUACAAAUAUCAACGACGUGACGUUGGCCGUUCGAGUGACGGCAUUUUUUACAAUCGGUCUCAAAUAAACUGUCAAAAUUUUCACAACGGAGGAACAGAAUAUCCUUAGUAAUUUAAAAGUUGAACAUGAGAAUCUUGUAGCAAAGUGGCUGCAAAAUUCUUUCAAAAUACAAGAAAAUACCGCCCUCGAUCUCAGGGCGACACCGCUAACACCGCUACAGAUUCCAAUGGCGGAGGUUAACAACAGACCAGUUUUUAAGAUGAACAACGAUUUCUGGAAUCAAGCGCGAGGACCUCCUCAAAACCUGCCACAAAACUUAUCAAAUUCCAAUCAGAAUUCACCAGUGCCAGGAUCAACGAAUUCAAUACCAGCACAUUCACCAAGUCAGCAGAGCAAUAGUAGCCAAAUUCACGUUGUUACGCCUGGCGCCUUGGCUCUACAACAAGCUAAUCAGCAAACGCAACAAAAUAAUCAACAAAAUCACGCGCAACAACAAGUGCAACAACAACAAGCACAGCACAACGCUCAACAACAAGUGCAACAGCAACAAAAUGCGCAGCAACAAGCACAACAACAAGCGCAGCAACAAGCACAACAGCAAGCGCAGCAGCAGCAGCAGCAACAGCAACAACAACAACAAAAUUCGCAGCAGCAAAUGAAUCAAUCACAACAAUUGAAUCAACAACAGACUAAUGGACCUACUCAACAACCAAAUCAACAACCUCAAUUAUCACCGCAUAUGGGAAGUCCCAAUCCUCACGCGCAGGCUGCGCAUGCGCAUGCACUAGCGCAAGUAGCGCAACAACAACAACAAAUGGUUAACAUGCACCAACAAUUGACCAGCGGUCAAACGUCACCAGAUAAAUUAAUGACCGAAAAGAUCGUCAAUGAAUUACAGAUUUUCAUGCAUAAAUCUGCUAUGCAGAUGCAUGCCAGAGACCUAGCGGGACGUUCCGAAGUGAAACCUCACCAAUGCCAACAAUGUCUCAAGUCAUUCAGCAGCAAUCACCAACUUGUGCAACAUAUCCGAGUACAUACUGGCGAAAAACCUUACAAAUGUUCCUAUUGUGACAGGAGGUUCAAACAACUCAGUCACGUUCAACAACACACAAGACUUCAUACGGGAGAACGUCCAUACAAAUGCCAUCUCCCAGACUGCGGUAGAGCCUUUAUCCAACUGUCCAAUCUUCAACAGCACCUUAGAAAUCACGACGCGCAAGUGGAAAGGGCGAAAAAUAGACCAUUUCAUUGCAACAUAUGUGGAAAGGGUUUCGCAACUGAGUCCAGUUUAAGGACGCACACGUCAAAAGUAAGCCAUUGUAUUGGUCGUUUGCAGCAACAUGCAGCCUUGAUUGGUGGACCGAACGCGACGUCGUGUCCACUCUGUCACAAGAUGUUUCUUGGCGGUGAAGCACUUAUGGAACAUAUGAAGCACACCCACAAAGAUCCCAAUGCCUCAGGGGUAGCAAUUGACGUCAUCGAUCCUUAUUUAGCGAAAAGGAGAACUGCCAAUCAUCCAUGUCCCGUUUGUGGGAAACACUAUGUCAACGAAGGCUCUUUGAGAAAGCAUUUAGCUUGUCACCCCGAAACAUCGCAAUUGUCGAGCUCCUUGAGAAUGUGGCCAUGUUCUGUAUGUCAAGCCGUUUUUACUCAUGAAUCAGGAUUACUAACGCAUAUGGAACAUAUGAGAAUGGAUCCCAAACAUCAAUUCGCUGCUCAAUACGUUCUCUCCAGAGCAGCUGCUGAAAGAAGGGAAAGAGAAAGUAUUCUCGCGGCUGUAACAUCUGCCUCUGGAAGCGGUCUACUCAGUUUAGGAAUGGGACCAGCGAGUGGCAGUCCCAUGUGUGCGUCUCCGAGUGCUCAUAGUGAUAGUUCUUCAGGCAACGGAAGAUUAUCGUCAGCAGGCUCGGAAGGAGGAUUGAACAACAAUAAUAAUAACUGCAAUACAAAAUUAGGUGAUAUCUUAAGAAGUAAUAAUGGACUUCAUCAACAAUAUAACGUAGAAGAUCAACUGCAUACGGCAAAUAGAAUGGCUGUUUUAGCGAAUAUGGUAGGCCAAGGCGGGGUACCUCCUGGUCUAGGUUCGGAUUCAUCAGCAGCUGCCAAUAUAACUGCCGCCAAUCUUGCCAAUUUAGCUAUGAGGCUUGGUGUAACACAAGCAAAUCAAGUAAACAACACCAGUAAUCCAUCAACGCCUCCUAUAACCAACGAUACCCUAUCGCUUUCCAUGAAUGCCAUGAACGCAAUGCGUGCCUCUAUGGACAGUAUUCGAAAUAUGGACGUAAUGAGAUCGUCCGUUAUGGAUAUGUCGUCGUCGCAGCAAUCGCAACAGCAGCAAGAGGCGCUUAGAAUGCAGCACGCUGAAGCGCUGAUUAGAUCACAAGCUGAGACCGCGUUAAGGCUAGCGAUGAGUCAGGCCUUGCCUCAGCUUAGUCAACACCAACAAGAAAGUAAUCAUAGUCCGCUGCGUCAUAACGGAAAUUACCAGGGUCAUCAAGGUCAAUCAUCGCAACAACUAAGUCCGGAUCUAACUGAAGCUUUAAGGUUGCAAGAGCAAAGGCUAGAACAAGCUUUAAGGCUACACGGAGGCGAUCCAAGGACGUUAGGGUUUCCACUAUCAAGUCAACAACAGAAUUCCCAACCAUGAAAUUUUAGCUAUUACUGAACGCAUAACACGUAAAGAUGCCUUUAAAAAAACUGUCAUUUUCUUUGCAUGUUUAAUACGCUUAAAAGCUAAAGUCUGUCCCAGUGAGCGUAUGUUCUACCGCUUGAGAAAACCGUAUACUAUGUGGAUGAUUGAACAAUACGUUUUAUUAAUUACUUGAAAUAGGUUUGCUUUUUUUAAUAUUUAACUUCUGGCGGACAGAUUUUUGGCCAAAAGUGUAAUAACAUACCUAAAUAAAAAAGGCGGACAGUCGUGUAAAUUUCCGUUAUGGCUGUUUCUUUCUGUUAAAAUAUUUUUAUCGAACGAAAAAGGUGCUUAAAAAUCCACAGGACCGUCCGUCUUUGAUGUUAUGAAAAAUAGUACAAAGUUGUUGUUUUUUAUUUUUUCUAGUUUUAAUUUAGUUUCGCAGAAAAAACAGUAACCGAAAACUACCAAUACCGAACGAACCAAUUUAUAUCUAAUCUAUUUAUAGAUUAUACAUUUUGUAAACACACAUAUUUCCUGUCUUGACAAAUACGUUUUCAACUUUUUUUACCGAAGGUUUUGGUUCUAUAUAUCAAUGGAUAUUUCCAAUCCGUUUGAUUUUCUAGGUCAAUAAACCUUUCCAAGUUGAUUGGCUCUCUAGGUCAAUAGAUCUUUCCGAACCGUUUGGUACUCUAGAUCAAUAGAUGUUUCCAAGCCGUUUGGUUCUCUAGGUCAAUAGAAAUUUUCAUGUUAAUUGGCUCUCGAGGUCAAUAGAUCUUUCCGAACCAUUUGGUUCUCUACGUCAAUAGAUAUUUCCAAGUUGUUUGGCUCUCGAGGUCAAUAGAUCUUUCCGAACCAUUUGGUUCUCUACGUCAAUAGAUAUUUCCAAGUUGUUUGGCUCUCUAGGUCAAUAGAUCUUUUCGAACCGGUUGCUUUUCUAUCUUUUAAUGGUGCGAUCUUUCCGAUUUUUUUGUAAUCAUACGUUUGGUUUCAUGUGUCAUUAGAUUCUUUCAGAACCGUUUCGACCUCUAGACCAUAAGGCUCGCUAGAUAAUUAUAUUUUGCCCACUAGUUAUUUUUAAGUGAGACUCUACACUCGUCUCUAUAGCUUUUGAGAAAACAUUUAAUUCUUUAAGUCAUUAGAUCUUUCCGAAAAGUGUGUAUCUAGUCCAGUAGAUCUUUCUUUUCAAUGAGUUGUUUUCCUAAGGCGUUUAGACCAAAAGGUCUUUUUUCAAUGACCCAUUUGGCUAGAUCAUUAGAUCUUUUUGAGCAAUUCUUUUACAUUGUUAGCUGUUUGACUGUCUAAGACCAUUUGAUCAUUUUUCAAUGCGCCUUUCGACUAUCGAUAUAUCUUUUCGUUUGGACUUCUAAGUUAGUUUUUCUUACUAGAUCAUCAGAUGUUUUCCCUUGUUAUUGUACACUGAGCAUCUAGAUCAUUUUGUCUUUUUUACCUAGAAAAUUGUCUGACGACAGAUCUUUUAGAGCCGAACUGCCUUAGAGUAAAGCUUUUUGACCUUUUGGAUAUAAAUCAUUAAUUCUUUUACAUAUUUCACAUAAAUUUUAAUGUUUUCUUUUAGAUUUUUAUCUUAACAAUUUCUGGUUAUAUAUGAGACCAAGUCAUAAAAUUGCGUCCUUCUUUCAUUUAUACCACUAUAAAUUGUGGAAAUUGUGAAUUGUAACAAUAAGAUCAGUGAAAUGGUAGUAUUUCAGUUGCUGUUAUUUGCUAAAUAGAUUAUUUUAUCGUACUGAGUUUGAUCUUUUAAAAUUCAAUGAUGUGCCAAAUAGUGUUUUUUUUUUAACAAUUGCGUCUAUUGCGCUCAGUAUAAUAUUUGAUGGCUAGGCCAUAAUAAUAAAAAUAUUAAUGCACUUUAAAAGUGCCCAACUACAAAAAUCAUUAAACAAUGUAUAGAUAUAAGUGUUAUAAGAAAUGUUGAAAUAAGAGUUUCGACAUUUCCAAAUUACUUAAAUUUAGGUUGUACAUAAAUAUAUAUCUAAUUGUUUUUAGAAUAAAAAUUGUAUGAAUGAUAUAUAGAGAAUAUGCAAACAUUUUUUCUUAAAAAAAUUUUAAAAUAUAAAUUUUUCAAAAAAUUUAUACUUACUUAUUUGAUUUUGCUGUGAUUUUUUUUUAUAAUUUGGCCGGUUUGAUGUAACAUACCUAGCAAUAACAUAAUAAUUUUUUGCAAUUUUUACUGUGAUUUUACAAUAUAAAUCUUAUAAUUUUUAUUUUUAAGAAAAAGAAAUCGGCUUUAAUUUUAUGUCUAUUUUAUUAAAAAAGUACAAAUAAUUAAUUUUAUUUGAAAAAAAAAUGAGCUAUAAUUUUUAUUCAGAAAUAUCGAAGAGUAAAUGUAUCGAGUAAGUGUGAAAGACCAAAAUUCAUUUUGUAUAUUUUUGAAAAAAAUCCAAUAAUUCGUACUUAAUAUUUUUAAAUUAUUCGGCUUUCCAGGAAUAUUUUGUACUUUCAAAAAUAAAAUGUGGUUUUAUAAUUUGUAAAUAAUUAUGUUAAAUAAGAGCCUUUGUACAUAAGCAUUCCCAAAAUUUUGAAAAUAUUUCUAAAAAUUGUUGAUUUUCCACUAAAACGAAAACACCUCGCACACAUCUCAUUCUCGUCGAAUGACUGAAUCAUUAACAUAAAACUAAAAUUAAAGGAAUUGAAUUCACAAUCAGGAUAAAUACAAAAACUAUCCUUCUAUUUUUAUAAACGUCUUACUAUUGCUCUGGAUCCCUCACCUUACCUGUUAAUCUAUUUAUCACCAUUUUUAAAAAUGAAGUUCUAAAUUUCAAGCAUAAAUUUACUUAUAUACUAUUACUUCAUUCUCUGAUUUGUUUUUCAAGAGGUAGUUUAGAAAUUCAAAGUUAAACUAGGAAUCUUUUUGUUUAUUCAUUCUUCAAAAUAAAGUUUUAAAAUUCAUAGACUCUUCUUCUAUUUUUUCAUUCCCUAAUUUAUGUUUCAAAUAGUAGUUUAUUAAUUCAAGAUUAAACUUGGACCAUUUCUACUUCGUUCUUCUCCUAUUCCUUCUUUCUUUAAUAUAAUCCAUGAAUCUACUUUACUAAUUUAUUUGUCAUUCUUCAAAAUGAAGGUUGAAAUCCAGAGUUAAAUUUGGAGUUUCGCCCUAUUUCUUUAUUGUCUAAUUGAUAAAUUCAAGGUUAAAAUUCGCAUAUACCACAAUUUCUUUAUCAUUCUUUAAUUCAUUAUUCAUAUUUCGAAAUAUAAUUUGAAAAUUCAAUGGUAAAUUUAGACUUUCAUCCAAUUUCUUCAUUUUCUAAUUCAUUUUUCAAAAGCUAGUUUAUAAGUUUGAUGUUGAACUUUGAAAGUCAUAGUUUAUAAAUAAAAGGUAAAAAUUGAACUAUUUCCCUCUUUCUUCUCGUUCUCUAAUCAAUUUUUUUCAUUUCUAAAUGUAGUUUGAAAAUUCAAGGUUUAAUUCAGACUUUCAUCCAAUUUCUUCAUUUUCUAAUUCAUUUUUCAAAAGCUAGUUUAUAAGUUUGAUGUUGAACUUUGAAAGUCAUAGUUUAUAAAUAAAAGGUAAAAAUUGAACUAUUUCCCUCUUUCUUCUCGUUCUCUAAUCAAUUUUUUUCAUUUCUAAAUGUAGUUUGAAAAUUCAAGGUUUAAUUCAGACUUUCUUCCUACUUCUUCAUCAUCUAAUUCAUUUUUUAAAAUGUAGUUCAAAAAUUUAAGAUGGAUAAUAAAUAAAAUUAUCUGUAGCUUAGACCGGAAAUCAAAUUCUACAAGAAAAGAAAUCACUUAAUGUAAUAAAAAACAUAACUAUGUAAAUAUAUUCAUAUACUAGCCCAAUUCAAAGAUAAAAUUAGCUGAAGACGACCUUCAUUCUUAGAAAUGUUUUAUUUAUUGCUUCAAUCGCAAUCAUUAAAAAAAAAUCUUGUUAAAUAUAUUUUCUUCAGCUUAUGAACAAAAUUUGGAAUAGAUCCCCAGUUUUCUUUCACGCUGAAACAAGGACUAUUUUAGAUAAAUUAACUAUUCAAAAUCUUCUUUCAUAUCUUCCUCAUUAUCAAUGUCAGGUUGAGCAGUGAACCAUAGAAGUUUAUUUUAUAUUUUAUUGAAUAAAAUGUUUUCUGAUAAACUGAAGUUAAUUUUUAUACAAGUCAAUAAUCACAUGUUCUUAUUCAAACCUUAACCUUACAUCUUAUUCAUUAUCAUUACAGGAAGUAACAUUUGACAUAUGUCAAACAAUAAAGAACACAGAAUACAAACUUAUAAUUUGUUUGUCUCAACAAUUACAACUUCUUCCCUAUCAUUUACGACGUUCAUCCAUUUAGAUCUUCUGCCAAUGUUAUUUAUGAUUUGUCUCUUCCUUAACUAUAAUCCAGUGAUACAUCUGUUCCAAAGUUCGUUCUUCUGUUCAAUUCAGGAUUGUAAAUAUAUUAUAAAUUAUAAAUAUUUAAAAUUUCCAAUUCACUUAACCCUUUUUUGUAUUUUUUUAACAUUGCAGACAUAUUAUCGUUUGGGAAUGUCCAUAUUUGGAAAGCAAUUUUUCCAAAGAGAUUACGGAUAUCAAAACAGAAGAUAUAUUAGUUAAUAGAAAUUUCAUUUGGAGGUUCAAGGAUCGUGGAACAUAACCAUUUACUAAAGUGUAAAACCAUGUUAAUGAAAUUUCACAAGACGUUUGAUAAAAGUUGUGUGCGAGGUAUUGUGAAAAUUAUAUGUAAAUAGUUGCAAUACAAAUUAUUUUCAAAUUUGUCCUGUUUUUCCACAUCUAUCAAUAGCCACAUAUAGUCAAUAGUUGCUAAAAUAUUACAAUAGUAAACAGCAUUUCCUGCUGCUAUAUCUUCCCCAAAAAGUGACAUAAUCAAGACAUUUUACACACACUACACGAACUGUGUAAAAUACCAUGCAUAAAAGUUAAUUUUCCAACACCCCCAUAGAAUUUUUGAUUUUUGUAAAUGAUUCAAAAUUUCGACAUCAAAAUAAACUAAAUUAAGGACAACCAUUCAAAAUAUAUUUGAUAGAAUUGAAGUUUACAGGCAAAAAUCUAAGGAUGUUUGUCCGAACUGGAAGUCCCAUAGCAGGGUGUAAUUUUUAGGCAAUUUUUUCAAAUAGAAAUUAAAUCUAUUUGAACGAAAUUGUCACCUCUUUUAUGCAAUAUAUAAAUAUACCGAUAAUGACGAGUGGCAUUAGCCACAAAAAUGAUUUUCUUUGACUUGACACGUUAAAAUACAGUAAAAAUAAUGAAAUAGCCCGGUUGCACAAAGUGCUUCAAAAUAUUUUGCCCACUAUAAUUACUUAGGUAAUUAUCAUAAUAAAAAUUUUGCAAUAGCCCAAUCAAAAAUUGAUUUUGAAAAUUUUUUCGCAUUAUUCGGAUUCAGGUGCGUUUUUGUUUUUCAAAAACAAUUAUUGAAUUCAACAUUUUAGUCACCCUCGGUAGACAAAACCUCCAUUUUGUCUAUCUUCUAGUGUAUUUUACAUAAAUAUUAAAGUCUAAAUGCCCGAAUGGACAAAUAUUUAUUGUAAAAUUACCAAAAAAAAAAAUAUUUUAUUUGCAAUAGCCCAUAAUACAAGUGCGGUUUCCGCACAACAGUUUUUCAAUUUCUAACCAUAUUAAGUUUAAAUGUUUAGUCACAGUUUUUAAAAUCUAUUUUGUCACCUACGUUUAACCAAGAGGCCCAAAAAAAUGUUGUAGCGCUACCCUAUCCUUCCCUAACACAGAUAUAUGCUAAAAAUUAGUGCACUCUUUGAGUUUAUAGUCUCAAAAAAUGUGCAUGGCUCAAUAUACUUUUUCGAAAACAAUUUCAUCAUAGCCAACUCCUUUCAAUAGUAGGAAUCCAAUUAAUUAGUAAGUAGUGAUAAGAUUUAGUUUUAGAAUUCCGCUUGUAGAAUAAAAAGAUAAAUAAAAUCUGUUGGUAGCGUAUGCGAUAAAAUAGAUUUUGUUAAAAUUUUAGUUAAAACGCAAUAGUCUAAACGCAUAAUGAAAUACUUCUUAUGCUAUACAAAAAUUCAGAUAUACCAUACUUCAGUUCAAGUUUUUUAGUAGCCUUGUACUUAAAAAGAUUCUGUUAGUUCCCUCGAACAAGAAGAAUGUUUUAAAGAACGUGGUUACCUUUUAAUUGUUUUUACAAUAAUAUAUUCAGAUUUACAAAUGUUACAACUACACUUACACAAAAAUUUACUCGGAAAUUUCAAUCAAUCAAAAGUCUUACACCUUUCCGUUUAAAAAAGAUUCAUUCAAUGGCCAUUAGAUUUUUCAGUUUUUCUUUAUUUACUUUUAAAAAUUAUAUGAAAACUUUAGGCGGGUGUUUAUAUAAAUUUUUGAGUUUCUAAAUUACACAAAAUACACUUUUUAAUAUACAGUCUAAAGUCACUUUUGGGAGACACAAAUAUUUCGGCAUUACAAUAUGAUGAAAAAAAUUACAAAAAUUCGAGAUUGUUCAAUAAAACCACAUAUAAUAAAUAUUGUAGUUUACAAUGAAUGUUAGUUAAAAUUGUUAAGUUAUGUUACGUUUUGUAUACGUCAUGUUAUAUAUUAAGUUCAUCAAGUUUAAAAAGUAUUUUUAAGAUCAAACCUUCCAGGAAAAACAUAAAAAAUGGCCUCAGCUUCAUCCUUUAAAUAUUUUGCAGUACAUUUUUGAUAACAUAGAUAAUUUUUUUUAUUUAAAAAAAAAUAAAAACAAAGGUUUUAUGCUUUAUAUUCAUUCUAAGAAGAAUAAUUUUGCUAUCUUUAUAGCCUGAUAUCAACAUUUUAUAAUAUUGUGUUGAGUGAGAAAUAAUUUUGGUUUUAAUGUUUUUGGGAAUUCUUUAAUAUAAAUUUUAAACAAUCAACUCCUACCACUUUCGUUACAAAACCAUAGUUCUGUCUUUCUAGAACUGAAGUUUCUGUACGUAAAACUAAAACAAGUGAUUAUCACAAACCAAUGUUGAUCCCAGAUUUACACCAUCAAGAUUUGAAGAGACUGGAUGGACGACUAUUGAUCAGAUUCGGUCGUUUUUUUUUGUAUAGCUUGCUAACCUCACAAAUGUUUCUGAAAUUUUUCCGGGGCUCGAUUAUGAUUUCUUUCGCAUAUUAUCAUCAUACAUCGUCCAAUUUUCAGCGCUUGUAAGCAUUUAGGUAAAAAAUGAGUUGAUUAUUGUCUAUUUUCCUGUAAGAAACUCUGACCAUUAUUCUUUUUACUAUUAAUUCAAGGGGUUUUUUGUCUGAAAAUUCUGGUUUUCUCUUAAACACAAUAUUAAAUAAGUUGCAGUUUUCUCUCUUCAGAAGUUAAAAAAGGGAAAUGUCUAUUAGGAAGAGCCGAUAUUAUUUUCCCACAACCUAAUAUUACAGAACAAGAUCUAAAAAGAAUGCAACUUGAAAAAAUAAAUAUCUUAACAAUGAAACUUAUUGAAAUCUUCAAAUUGUAUGGAGCAAUAACCAAUAUAUUUGCAAGCCAAAUUGGAAAAAAACGUACAAAAAGACUAAUAAGGACAAAAUACUUCCAGGACGUCUUCAUUGCCAUCAGUGUCUAAUAUGAAUCAAUACAAUCCAUUGCAAAUGGAACAUGUCAAUGAUACCUUCAGCAUAUGAUAAUGAUGUUUAUAAAACAAAUAACCUCACUUUUGCUAACUUUCUAUCGUUAUAUCAUUCAUUCUAUAGUAGUAUUUCUUACAUUUUUUUUGUAAUCGUAUCGUCAAACUAUAGUUAUUGUAGAUCUGAUUAUUUUCUCUAUCAUUACUUAUAUAUUCUUCUCAAGAGUUUCUUCUGUUACUAUUAGUUAUUCUUCUUUACCUUCAGCUAUUUAUAUUAAAUGAAUUGUUUCUUCUUCUUCUUCAUCGUACGUUAGGACUUAGUCCUGUGUUUGCAUCAAUGAUCGCCUAGUUGUAGCUGGGAUGAUGAAGAUCAGCUUUCAUACCAUAUUGUAGGGGAUCGGGAUCCAUACGGUUUUUCUUCCUUUGCAAUCUUUGCCAACCGGUCAUCUGACAUUUUGUCCUCGUGAUUGUUUGUUGUAUGAAUUAAAUUAUUUAUUUUAAGUUUAAUUAUUUCUUUAUAAAAGGCCUAUAUAGAUAAUACAGAAUUUGUAAUAAUAAUAAAGUCAUUUUAUAGUUGAUAAUUCGUCAGCGUUUUUUGCCAUAACUGCACUAGGACAACAUAGUUAAGUGUUUAUUGUUAAACAAAGUAGUUCAAUAGUUAACAGAUAUACAUGUUUUUUAUAUUAGUUUUUUAAGAGCUAGACGAAAUGUCAACGGAAUACAAAUAAACGAUCUUAAAGGUACUUUGAAUUGAAAAUGUUUCUCCAUCACUUCUAAAAUUCUUUAAACAUACUUAUAUUGAUUUAUCUAUUGCCUGUUAUAUGAAAAUAACCAAUUACUUCUCGACUAACUUAAUCAAAGUUCUGAUGCAAAUUAACUUCGCAACGUAAAUAACAAUCUCUAGUUGUUGCAGUCUAUCUUUUUCACAAAAAGUUCUUACUAGAUUUAACAUCUGAAAUACCUACAAUAAAAGAAUAGAUACACAAAUACAGAAAAAUAACAAUUUUAAGUUCUUCAAAGCAUUGUUUUAUUGUUUAAGUCCUAUUCUCAUUAUUACAGUCUGGAAUGGUACAUCCCGUGUUUGAGUAUACAAUGAACAGUGAACAAAAUUCUUAUUUUAGCUGUUGCAAAAGCAUUGUUGAGCCUCCUUCUUGAUUCCUGUCUUUUUCAAUUUCUCACCAAAAUCCUUUUUAGUUCUUCUUUGGCUAGAUCAAUUACGUUUAAAAUAAUACCUGAGCUUCAUUCUCCAAACCAUUGUCGCUACCGAUUUUACAGCUUUUGAAUGACUGAAAUGAUAUAGAAGAUAUGAUCUAGUGAAGCACUUGACUGGAUUACUGGACCAUGCUUAUUACAGCAUUCUUUCUCUGAACAUUCCAUGUGUUCCAACUAUCAUAGUUGUUUCAUUCUCAGAGAUCAUGUAAUAUACAUAACCAUAUAUGUAACACUUCUACGUGGACAGUUUCUAUAAGUGGAAGGUGUUCCGACUAAGUGCGCGCAUGAAGCAUGCGCAGUAUAGAUAAAGUGUCUUAGCGAGAAAGAUAAAAUAAUAUUUAUGAUAAAACUCAACCAUUGUUUUAUUGUCACUUCAGUAUUAGAGGAUACAAGAUAGUGAAAAAGAGUUUACAAUCCUACACUCUUUAUUGACCUUUCUAUCCAUCAAGGUGUUAAAUUUUUUGUGUUAUCAAUAAAUAUAUAAUUGGAAAUGAAGAUAAGAAAUGUUUCGGUAUUAAUCUACCAUUAUUUCUGAAUGGGAAAAAUAUUAUAUUAUACAAAUAUUAUUCUGAAAUGUAUGAAACUUUUCUAUUCGUUUUUAUAUGAUCGGCAAUAUGUUUAAAAAUCAUUUCAUGACUUUCUUCUACAAUUAGAUCACAUUAUGCCCAAGACGUACCAUAAAAAUUCAGGUGAAUAAAAGCUUACAUAUGGAAUAUGAGUAUCAAUUUAUCAUAUUAUAACUUUUUAUUUCAAAAUUUUCAUUUAUAAACUUAUGACUCAAAAUUCUUCAAGUUUAUCUUUUAUAAACUAAUUAAAAUGUCGUUAUCAAAUUUUGAUAUCAAGAUCAACUAAAAUAUAUUUUUUAUCCCACAUAAUUCAGAUACAAUUGUUUACAAUCGUAUAGACAGGAAUACGUUGCCAGGUACCUUCAAUGAUAAUACGUCACAGUGUUGCCAAAGCGAUCAGAUUUUAUUUUACAACAUGUUGAAAUAUUUCGAGAAACAUUGUUUUUAUAAGUUAAAUAUGCAACAAAAUGUUUAAAGGCGAAAUACAUGUUUUAUAAAAGUAAGUCUUGGGAUUCACUACUAAAGCUUACUGUUAUGCUUCUACUUUCGUUAAUCCUACCAGAACAUACUAAAUACCGAAGGUCCCUACAAACUAUUUUAUUGUAGUGACUUGAUAGAGACAGUGUCGCCACCAUGUUUUACCCAAACUACGACAGAAAAUAAAUUAUUUUCGUAUUUUCUUAGUUAAAAAUAUUAAGUCCGUGAAAAGUUUUUCAUUAAAUAAUUGAGAAUACAAAUUACGUUUUUAUAAGCGUUAUUAUGAGACGAACAAAUGCUAAUCAACCGAAUUUGGGUUCAACAUGGUGACCAUAAUGUUUCUAUCAAAUAAUUGUAUUUUAUUGAGAAGUACCCAGAAGAAGUAUAUUCGUUCGAAUCACCAAUGAAUGUCUACCAGUUCUAUAUCAAGCCUACAUUUUUCAUAUAAUAAGAUUAGAGGGUGCAAAAUCCAAAUACAGUUUGUAAUUUUAUUUGAAUAAAUUGAAAAAUUAUUAUUAAUAAAAAUUAUGUUAAAAUCUCAAAAUUAUGUGUCAUCUGGCAAUACUGGUUGGGAGGCAAUGCACUAGUAACGGCGAUAGCUCUCGGAUAAUUUCGGUCUAUUUCGAUAGGUACCGGAACUGAGGUAGACUUGUAGACUUAUAAUAUAUUAGAUGUAACGUUUCAUUUUUUCUGCGUAAUUGUUGUCAGAUAAAAAAAAUGAUAUGACAGAUAAAGAACCUGAUUCAGUUCGUUAUAAUAUUCUAGCGGAAACACGUCACAGGCGAGGAAAUGAAUAACUUGUAUAAUGUGAUGAUUAUAUACUGUAGAAUGGUGAUGAUGAUAACAUUUUCAAUUUUUUAUGAAAUAUUGUUUCGUUUGUGUGAACUUCUAUAUUAACAUAUAAGCAGUUUUUGAAUGUAUCUAUUUAUUUUUAAAUGUUCAGUUACAAUAGUUAUGUUAAAUGCUUGUGCUAUUAUUACGAAAUAACAGUACGUAUUUUUGCCGAAAUUUACAUAGUACUUGUUCGAAAAUGACAGUGUGAAUAUUUCACAAAAUUGAAUUUAAAAAACUACAUAUUGGAUUAUUAGUAUUAAGAAUUACAACAAACAAAAGUAGAAGAUAUAAUUCAAAUUUAACCAAAAUUUCCGACAUUUCGGUUGUACUAAUUAAUAAUCAGAUCAUUGAUAAUUUUUGAAUUCUCUGUAACUUAAUAUUCUUGGUGAACGACCUCACAGUGUGGUGAUAGAAAAAAAAAUUAAUGUAUGAAAAGAGACCCUGAAUUUCUAAGAAUGUAUUUUCUGAAAAUAUCUGCUGACAUAUGACAUAUAGAGAAUUAUGUCAAGAUGAAAAAAUGAAGAUUAAUCAACUAUCUACAAAAAUAUAAUACCGGGGUUUCUCAUUCUCAUUUUUUAUCCUAGUAAAAACCCUCUAAAUAUCAUACAUUAGAAGAUAUUAUCGGGAAACUGUUUUUUUAGGAAACUACUUUUCUCCCCAGUCGUAUAAAAUGUUUCCAAGAACUUCUUACCACUCUAUAAAGUACCAAAUAAAAAUUAUUAUUGAAAAUUAAUUACCGUGGUUGGAGAUAGUGUAUAGGUUAGUAGGUGAGGAGAAUACACUGAAGUAUUAUCUAUUAUUAAAUGUUUUUAUGAUGAAAACGAAAUAUUCGUUCUGUCAGUUUGAUACAAAUCUCUUUAUUGACUCUAUACGUUUCAAAAUUGCAUUGUCCUAAUUUGAGAACUGAGUAGUGAUGCUAUUAUGUUCGAAACGUUGAGAGUCAAUUUUUCGCUGAAGCUAUUACUUGUGAAUGUAUCUACAGUGUUAAUAUUAUUUAAAAGUAACUUAUUGUUUAUCAUACAUUAUUGUAUACGUUAUGAUAAAAAAAUUUAUUUGAUGUUUAAAAAAAUAUUUUAUAAUACUUUUAUAUAAUAUAUUUUUACUAACUUGUGUAAAAAUUUCAAAAACACAGCAAAAUGUUGGACUGCUAACUGUAGAUUUUUGAAAUUUUUUGUAUAUACCUUGUGAUCGUUUAAAAAAUAUUUGCAUUUUCCAAUUCCAUGUAUUAAAAUGGAACUUUUCAAAUUAGCACUUUCAUUAUACAAGAAUUAAUCAAAACAGGUAUAGAGAAUUAUUUAAAUAUUUCCAAAAUAAAAUUUCUUCUCAUUAUUUAUCUACUUUUUCAACACUAGAAAAAAGAAUUUGAAUUAUAAGUGCUUAGUACUUAUACAAUAAUAUACAACGAAAUUUCUUUUUUUUCAAAUAAGAAACGGUUUUGUGAUCCAUUUGCUAUCUGGUAUACCAUUAUUUUAAUCAGAGAACAUAAUAAUUGUUUAAAUACUUCCAAAUUUUAGAAUUUAUAGUAGACUAAGAGAAAUAUUUUUAUCAAAAAUCACAGUAUUUAAAAAUUUGUCUAUAUCUGGCUUUAUCCCAUGGCUUCCAAAAAGAUUGAAUGCCUUUUGGUGUUGAAUGUCAAGAAAAUUUGGAAUUACCCCAUUUGAUAUCAUGGAAAUGAAGUUGAAUUGUUGAAAGAAAAUUUUAUACGAUCAAUUGGUUAAAACUUUAGAUUUAAGGGUUAUAAUUUACAAUCUUUUACUAUUUCAUUGCCAUUUUUAUUUAAAAUUGACUGCCAUUUGACUUUAACUUAUAUUUGCUUUUUUAGUUAUUGUUUAAGUUCCUAUAUAAUUUUUUGUGAACUGUAGAACAUCGCAGUGGUUUAUUUCAAGUAUGAGUGGCGUGUGUAUGGAAUAAUGUUUUGUUCAAAGUUUGGAGAAAAUUUGAUAUUGUCUGGCGAAAAAUUAAAGUAUAUUUAUUUUUUGAUGAAAAUUUGUGAGGAAAUAGAUAAUUAUAUACAUUCAGCACAUUACUUUGUAAAAAUCAGGACAAAAAUUAUUAUGAAGUAUCUUUUAAAAAAUAGCAAAUAAUUUGUUAUAUAUACUAAUCCAUAUAAAUAUUUUGAAAGACUGAUCAUUUGUAUAUAAUUAUUUAUUCCCAUCGUUUAAUUAUUGUAAAAUGAAAUUAGGUUUAGUGUAAAAUUAUCUGUGAAAUUCAAGGCAUUACGAAAAUUAAAAUAAUUUGUAAGAUAUAGAUAUAAAGUUGUGAAUUUAGAAGAAAAAAAUUGUUGCAAUGUUUUUGUUUCCUCCAAAUCAAAUUGAUGUAUGAACUGUAUGUGUGACAUGUAAUAAUUCAAUUUACUGGAAUAGCAAAUAUUGAAAAAUUA